AUGGUAUCAUUUUUCGGGCUCAAGCUGGGUGCUGACAAGAAGAAGAAAGCCGAGAAGGCGGCAGACCCUAAGCCGCAGCCCCGGAAGAGGAUCGACCAGAACAUGCUCGGUGAAGGUCAAUUCUUUGGAAGCGAGCUGAAGCGACCCGUUAUGAUUAACGGAUCCCGUCCUGGCACCUCGAUGUCGAAUAAGAGUUCUUUCAUCGAUGGCUUUGCGCAUCCAAACGCAACGUCUUUAGCCGGAGGAGGCUCCUCACUUUACGGCUCUCGUCCCGGUACCGCCAUGUCGAACAAAAACUUCGUUGCCAAUUUUCGUCAUCCGAAUGCGCCAUAUCUGAAUGGCGGUUCAUCUUCCAUGGUCGAUCUUAGUGCCCCUGGUGGCAAGGGUGGUGUCCGGCCGAUGGGAUCCGAGAGCAACUUGAACAUGGGCUGGAACAACGGUUCCAUGACGAAUCUGAAGGCCAUACCCACUCCCCUCAUCAUCACCAGCAGUGAACCAGGAACCCCGAAUUCGCCUCUUCGCAAGAACAAUUGGGUCCACCCUCUCGAUGUGCAUUAUGGGAGGGACGGUGCCCUCAGCCCGGCGAGCUCCGUAGGUGCGCCCCGCUCCCCCGGGGUCGCCCCGAGUUCGGCGCCGAGUGCCGUAGCGAGUGUCUCAAACGCUCCCCGAAGUCCGCUAGGGCAAUUCGAGUUCAAUCUGAACCCUUCAGAUAUUCUCAAACAUAACGAGCUGACACCAGCACCGCUGUCGCCUUCCAAGGCUUACCCUUCCCCUCCUCCGUCCGUCAACGGCUCUCUCCCGCCCCUCAAGACCGACUUGAGAUUGAAGACUGCUGCCAACACCGUUCGUGACGCUCAUAGACCGGGGCCAACAUCUCUCCCCUCACCAACGGCAUCGGCGGAGCGCACGAGCGAAGAGGAACGAUUUUACCCCCGGCCCAUCAUUCAAAAUGUCGCUGCCAAGCGAGACACAUUAACGCACCACUCUCCCAGGCGACAAAGCUUUUCCAUGGAUGUCGAUGAAGAUAAGAGCAGCCUCAACUUUGGAGCGCAACGGCCGACUACUUCUGGUCCGACGAGCCCGCCUCCGAGAAGCGCGCUUCGACCGUCACCUCCCGUCUUGAAGAACCUGCCUCUACUUCCGACACAAGCUUCAACUCACACGCCACCCAGAAGCCCGGCAGUUUCCAGUCCCGGUCUCCCACCCCCUAGGCCGCGUCAGGUGCCAUACGAAGGACCGCUGCGGAGCCCGGCGCGGACACCCGACGAUUGGGUGAAUGCCAGAGAGCGUAUGGGCUCAGACGCAAGAGAGCGACCGAACUUCGAGCAGAGGGAGAGAGCGAACUUUGAUACGCGUGGAAGGACCAUGGAGCGCCGUGAGAGACAGGACUCGGAUCCCAGAGAGCUGGCGAGCCCUGAGACCAUUAUUCCCCGGGCCGACAGAGCCCCUCAGCCGCAGGGAUAUAUCGGACUGCCACCGGCUUCUCGACGAGUGGCGCCUGGAGAAGGGGAGCGCAAUUAUGGCAUCACGCCGGCAAACCGACGUCAACCUCCCCCUCCCGUGGAAUUGCAGCGCAAGGCAUCGAGCCCGCAGUACCGGCAAGCAGGAUGGGACGACCGCGACCUACAGCACGAAGAUUUUGCCUUGAUUUCUCCCCGGAUGCAGACGCCACAGCCGCCGACGACGAAUAGCCUGGCUGCAGAGCCAUCCGGCGAUGCGAACUGGCCGCUGCCGAGUCCGCUGGCAAGCCCGACGUUUGGUUCAGGGAAGAGGCCGCAUACACCAACCGAGAAGUCUGAAGGGCAGAUGAGCCCCGGGUACUCGCUGCCACCAGCUUCUGGUCGCGACCAAGGGCGGGAUUACAGACGGCCGGACUUUGGCUUGAGAGCCCCGACGGGGAUUGCGGACGAAUUUCGGGUUGGAUUCAUUUAG